AUGGCUGAAUCUGCUCUAUCUAUUGAUGACCUCCAUACAAAUAUCGACGAUGAGCAACUUGAAAUAUUCUGCCUUAUCUGGCUCGAUGACAAUAUCAACGCCAAAGAUGACCGAGAUACAGAACAAAAAUUACGUGCUAUUAUUAAUCGUCUGAAGAAGUUUCAAGAUGUAAAACAAUGUCAAAAAUAUAUUGAAGAACGAUCACAAAAUGAACGACUAGUCAUGAUUGUUAGUGGUCGAUUCGGACGAGAAAUAGUUCCUUCUAUUCACAAGCUUCGACAAGUUAUAUCGAUCUAUGUGUACUGCAUGGAUAAGGAAGACAACAAAAAAUGGACUGACAAAUUUGCAAAAGUAAAAGCUGUUGUUGUUGAACUUGAUGAACUUAUCGCUCGAAUUAAAGCUGAUCAUAAAAUUCAGAAAAUGGUGGAAGAACCAUUAUCAAUUAAUAUUUUUACUACAAGUACUGGUGUCGGUAAAUCAACAAUGGGUAUAAAUGGUCAAUUUGUUUUUUCUCAAGUUCUCAUUGAUUGUCUUCUACGACUAAAAUCCAAUCAAACAGAUACAAAAGAACUUAUUGAUCGUUGUAAACAGCAAUAUGAAGAUAAUAGUGUUGAGUUGAGCAAUCUUCGUGAAUUUCAAAAGGAUUAUUCGCCUGAUAAAGUCUUAUGGUGGUAUACACGAGAAUCGUUCUUUUACAAAACUCUUAAUGCAGUUCUACGUACCGAAAAUAUUCAUAUGAUUUUUUUAUUUCGUGGAUUUAUCUCUGAUAUUCAACGUCAAUUGAAAUAUCAUCAAGCUAAGAAUCCUCUACGAGUUUAUCGAGGACAAAGGAUAUCAAGCGAUGAAUUGGAAACUUUAAAACAAUGCCGUGGUCAGUUUAUUUCAGUAAAGUCUUUUUUUUCCACCAGCACUGAUGAAAAAAAUGCCCUUUCAUUUCUCAAUGCUUCUGAUAAUACAAACAAUUUAGAAUCAGUAUUAUUUGAAAUCGUUGCUGAUCCUAAGGUGACAACUACAAAACCAUUUGCUGAUAUCAGUGCAGACAGUGAAUUUCCUGGCGAAUCAGAAAUACUCUUUAUGCUUGGAUCUAUUUUUCGUUUGGACAACAUCGAUUACAGCAAUGAUAAUCAAGUAUGGAUCAUCCGAAUGACUUUGUGUAGUGAGAAAGAGCAUGAUUUAAAAAAUGUUCUCAUGUCUAUGAAACAACAACUUGGAACUGGAGAAACAAAUCUUCGAACAUUAGGAAAAGUAUUAUGGGAAAUGGGAAAAUUUGAUUUAGCUGAACAAUGUUUUACUCGUUUAUUAAAAGAACUUCCACCGAAUGAUCCUUUACUUGGUGAUUUGUACGAAGAUCUUGGCAAAAUCGCAUCACAUGCUGGUGACUAUGACAAAAGCGUUCAAUGGCAUCAAAAAUCACUCGCCCUCAAAAAUCCAAAUGUAUUAACUGGCAUAUUGAAUGAUGAUGAACGUAGCUAUUCUAGGGUAAUUCUCAAUAUUCCAGCCGGUGCCCGAUGGAAACCGAAUGGUACGACUGUUGCUGGAGGCCAUGGAUAUGGCAAUGCCACCGAUCAACUCGACCGUCCUUUUGGUCUCUUCAUUGAUGAUGAUCAAACGAUGGUCAUCGCUGACUACAGAAAUCAUCGUAUCAUCCAAUGGAAGAUGGGUGAUACGAAUAGACAAGUAGUAGCGGGUGACAAUGGCAACGGAAAUCAAUUAAAUCAAUUGUCGGGUCCAACUGAUGUGCUGAUUGACAAAGAGACGAAUAGUCUCAUUAUUUGUGAUCGAUGGAAUAGACGAGUCGUACGAUGGCCUCGUCGUAGUGGCACAACUCAAGGAGAAAUUCUCAUCGACAACAUCAAGUGUUGGGGAUUGGCCAUGGAUGAUCAGAGAUAUCUCUAUAUCUCUAACGUCGAAAAACAUCAAGUAAGACGAUAUCAAAUAGGAGAUAACAAUGGAACUCUUGUGGCUGGUGGUAAUGGCAAAGGUUCUGGUCUCAAUCAACUCAACUAUCCGACCCACAUCUUUGUCGAUCAACAACAGACUGUCUACGUGUCAGACAACAACAAUCAUCGUGUAAUGAAAUGGAAUAAAGGUGCAACAGAAGGAAUUGUCGUCGCUGGCGGUCAAGGCCAAGGGAAUGCUCUGACACAAAUGUCGCAUCCUAACGGACUGUUCAGCGAUACACUGGGUACCAUCUACGUGGCAGACUCGGGGAAUGAUCGAGUGAUGCGUUGGUCUAAAGGAGCGAAACAGAACACUGUCAUUGUGGGUGGAAAUGGUCGAGAAGCAAACCAGUUCAAUUAUCCCCGAGAUCCUGGAUCAAGCAGUACAGAUGGUCGUCAUACUGAACAGCAAUUGCGUUCAAUUAUAAAUCAUUUGGCAAAAUUUCAAGAUGUUCAUGAAUGUGAGGAAUAUAUUAAAGCACAGUCUUCGAAUGAACGAAUUGUUAUGGUUGUCAGUGGUCAAUUAUGGCGCAAAAUCGUUCCUAAUAUUCAUCUUCUUCGACAAAUUAUAUCAAUAUAUGCCUAUUGUAUGGAUGUAAUGAAAGGCGUUGUUGUUGAACUUAACGAACUUAUACAAUGGAUUCAAGCUGAUCAUAAAAUUCAAAAGAAGAUGGAAGAACCUCUAUCGAUAAAUAUAUUUACAACAAAUACAUUAGCAGAAGACGCAUCAACAACAGGCAUAAAUAAUAAUUUUCUCUUUUCACAAGUCUUUAUGGAUUGCAUUACUCGACUAAAAUAUACUGAAGCUGAUCAAAAAGAAUUGAUAGAAUUUUGUAAACAGAAAUAUAAAGGUAAUAAUUUUGAACUGAGUAAUAUUGGUGAAUUUCAAGAGCAUUAUUCAUCUGAAAAUGCUUUACGAUCGUAUACGCGAGAAUCAUUUUUUUACAAGACACUUAAUGCUGCUCUUCGUCAGUCAGAUAUUCAUGCAAUAUUUCUUUUUCGUAAAUAUAUUGCUGAUAUUCAACAACAAUUGAAAAAUCGUCAAGUUCGCAAUUCUAUUCGAGUUUAUCGUUGUCAAAUAAUAUCAAAUAAUGAAUUAGAAACAUUAAGAAAGUCAUGUGGUCAAUUCAUUUCGAUGAAUUCAUUUUUUUCUACUAGUAUCUAUAAAGACAAUGCUCUUAAAUUUCUUAAGACACCUGAUGAUACAGAAAACUUAGCUAGUGUAUUAUUCGAAAUUGACGCUAAUCCUCAAAUGGCUAUAACGAAACCAUUUGCCGCUCUUGCAGAAUUGAGCAAAUAUGAAGAUGAAGCUGAAGUACUCUUCAUGAUCGGUUCGAUUUUUCGAUUAGACAAAGUUAAGCGUAACGAUAUUAACCAAGUUUGGAUCGUUCAAAUGAGACUGUGUAAUGAUGAAUAA